CGCGCCCCGCCCAGGCCAGAUCCGGGAAGCGGUGCCCAAAGCCCUAACCCUCCUCCCAGAGCUGGAGACCGAGCUGGAACUUUCAGGGAAGCGGCUAUAACUCCGGAGCUUUGCGGCAGGAUGGUGAUGGGAAUCUUUGCAGAUUGUACUUUCUGUUUGAAGAUCAAAUACUUAUCUCGUAAUCAGAAGAAAAACCUCCAAACUGACAUUAAGAAAAAUGGUGGACAUUUCUCCUCUUCAUUAAAUCCCCAGUGCACUCAUGUAAUCUUAGACAACACCACUGUACUCAGUCAAUACCAGCUGAACACUCUCCAAAAGAAGCAUGUCCAUAUUGUAAACCCAGAUUUUAUAUGGGAAUCUGUCAAAGAGAUGAGGCUGUUGGACGUGAAGGAUUAUAAUCCAAACACAUCAGUGGAUAGCAGUGCUGAUGUGAAGAUAACAGAUGAUCUCUCCCUGGAUAACUCCGCAGAAAAUGAAAACACUGAGGAACUCACUAACUUUCAUACAGAGAAUGCUGAGAUGCCUGAUUUUCCUCAAGAUUUCGAAGUUGCAAAAUACAAUGCCUUGGAAAAAUCCGGAGAGCAGGGCCUGGAGAUUGCUGUGCUGGAGCUGCAUUGUGGAGGGAACCACACCUUCCUCACUUCGGCACACUUCCUGCGGCCUGACGGCACCCAGACUAGAAAGCAGUUCUCUAUAAAGAAAACCUCCGCAGAGGCCUGUGCAUGCUACGACAACUGUCUCAAAGAGCUGAAAAAAGACGGAUUUCUGCUAAGAGAGCAUUUCACAACAGAAGCAACCCACUUAGCCUCCAGAAAGCUACAAACUUUGCUUUUGGAGGAGGUGAUAAGUUCGGGCAUGCUGAGUCAGGAGGUGAGCGAGCUGGUGGAGAUGAUCUGGGCAGAAGCUCUGGGACACUUGGAACACACGCUCCUCAAGCCCAUGAGUAGCAUUAGCCUGAAUGAUGUGAGCAGAGCUGAGGGGAUUCUCCUCCUGGUGAAGGCAGCCCUGAAGGACGGACUCUUAGGGCAGCAGCUGCACAUCAGAGUUAUGGGUGAUCACAUGUGGCUACAUGACCCUCUGUUACCUGUGGGCAGAAUCUCUGAGCUGAUAAGAGACAUGGUUACAGUCUGUGAGACCAACCUGUUCAAGCCCAGCCCACCAACUCUCGCCAAGUACCGAGCCUUGAGAUGCAAAAUUGAGCAUGUGGAACAGAACACAGAAGAAUUUUUCAGGGUUAAGAAAGCAGUGUUGCAGAAUAAGCUCAGUGACAGCCCAGCAGACAUCCUGCAGAUAUUCCGAGUGGGCCGAGUGGACGAGGCCAUGGAGUUCCUAAACCAGCUUGGCAACGUGGAGACCCUGCUGCACGGCUCCCCGGUGCGGAGUUUUGUGGGCAUCUUGUCCCGAGGAUUGCUUUUACCCAAAGUAGUCGAAGAUCGUGGUGUGGAAAGAACAGACAUUGGAAAUCUGGGAAGUGGAAUCUAUUUUAGCAAUGCACUGAGUACAGUCACUAAAUACUCGCACCCAGGAGAGAUGGAUGGCUCUAGAUUGCUGGUCGUCUGUGAUGUGGCCCUCGGGAAGUGCAAGGACUUACACAAGAAAGAUUUCUCCUUGACAGAGGCCCCACCUGGCUACAACAGUGUCCAUGGGGUUCCUGGGACAGCUACCGCCCCCACAGACUUUGAGGAUGAUGAAUUUGUCGUAUAUAAAACCAAUCAGGUUAAAAUGAAAUACAUCAUUAAGUUUUAUGUGCCUGGCGACAAAAUAAAAGACUUUUGCCUACAUAAGGAUCCUGAAAUAGAGGAAAAGAGACCUGACUCUUCAAAGCUUUCAGAGGUUAAAGUUGAUUAUCAGCUGCCAGAUGCCAAACCUGAGAGCAGCAUCAAGGCUGGCCUUCAGGACACCUCUGGGAACUCAGUGCCUCUUGAGGGCGUCUCCAUCAAGGGGAAGAUCAUUGACUUUGUAGCCCAGGUCAUUGUUUUUCAGACAUACACAAAUCAAAGUUCUGUGCCUAUUGAAGCCAAGUAUGCUUUUCCUCUGGACGAGAAGGUAGCAGUGUGUGGCUUCGAAGCAUUCAUCAAUGGGAAACACAUAGUGGGAGAGGUCAAGGAGAAGGAGGAAGCCCACCGGGAGUACCGAGAGGCCGUCAGCCAUGGCCACGGUGCCUACCUGAUGGACCAGGAUGCUCCGGACCUUUUCACUGUGAGUGUUGGGAACUUGCCACCCAAGGCCAAGGUUCUGAUCAAAAUCACCUGCAUCAUGGAGCUCAGCAUCCAAGGCUCUGCCGCCAUCUUUUUCUUGCCAGCCAGUGUCGCCCCCUGGCAGCGGGACAAGGCUCUGCAUGAGAACCUGCAGAGUACAGUAGAGAAGAUUUGUGUAGAGGAAAUAGGAACAGAGCAAAGCUUCUUUUUGGAGAUGUCCAUUGAGAUGCCCACCGUGAUCAAUUUCAUUUCUAGUGAGACACAUCAGCUGAAACAAAAGAGAACAGAUUGCAAAGCUGUCAUUUGCACAAUGGAGGGCAGCUCCCUAGACAGCGCUGGAUUUUCUCUUCGCAUCGGUUUGUUGGAUACGUAUCUCCCAAGGAUGUGGGUGGAAAAGCAUCCAGAAAAAGAAAGUGAGGCCUGCAUGCUUGUCUUCCAGCCAGACCUCAACAUCCCACCCGAGGAUCUAGCCAGGCAGACAGAAGUGAUUAUUUGCCUGGACUGCUCCAAUUCUAUGGAUAGCGUCACCUUCCUGCAGGCCCAGCAGCUUGCCCUGCACAUCCUGUCUCUGGUGGGCAAAGAGCAGAAGGUCAACGUCAUCAGGUUUGGCACUGGUUACCAGGAGUUAUAUUCUUAUCCUACGUGCAUCACAAACUAUGAAACACCAACCGAGUUCAUUAAGUCUGCCACACCCACCAUGGGAAACACGGACUUCUGGAAGGCACUCCGGUAUCUCAAUCUGCUGCAGCCUUCUGAGGGCUUCCGGAACAUUCUCCUCAUCUCUGACGGGCAGCUGCAGAAUGAGGGCCUGACGCUGGAGCUUGUGCGGAGAGGCAUGCGGCAUACCCGGCUGUUCUCCUGUGGUGUGGGUCCCACAGCAAAUCGUCAUAUCUUAAGGAUUUUGUCCCAGUCUUGUUCUGGAGUAUUUGAAUAUUUUAACCCAAAAUCCAAGCGCAGCUGGAAAAAGCAGAUAGAAGACCAAAUGUCUCGGAUACGUUCUCCGAGCUGUCACUCCAUCUCUGUCAAGUGGCAGCAACUCAGCAGAGAAGCCUCUGAGCCCCUGCAGGCACCAGCCCAGGUGCAGUCUCUGUUCCACAAUGACCUGCUCCUUGUCUAUGGCUUCAUUCCUCACUGCACACAGGCAACUCUGUGCGCUCUGAUCCAAGAGAAGGAAUUUUCUACAAUGGUGUCAACGACCGAGCUUCAGAAGACAACUGGAACUAUGCUGCACAAGCUGACAGCCCGGGCUCUCAUCAGAGACUACGAAGAUGGCGUCCUCCAUGAAAAUGAAACAAGCCACCAGAUGAAGAAGCAACUCUUAAAAGCCCUGAUUAUAAAACUCAGUAAAGAAAACUCUCUUAUAACCCAAUUCACAAGCUUUGUGGCAGUUGAGAAAAGGGAUGGUGAUGAGUCACCUCUUCCUGAUACUCCAAAUAUUUUGGAACUGAUUGCCAAAGAAGAUGUAGAUUUUCUACCCUACAUGAGCUGGCAGGAGAAGCAGCCAGGCGGCAGUGGGGCCCAGCUGACCGUCUCCUUCGCAGGAAAUGAAGAAGCUUUCAGCACUAGUUCAAUGAGAAAGAAACUUAAAUCCUCUACAGCGACAAUAUAUAAAAAGAGUGCACCAACUAAGCUCAUGAUCCCGCCACUUGAAUAUAAAAUACAAAAACCCCUGGACGUCAGCCAGAGGACAUUUACACAACACUUGCAAGCUCGAUUGUUCUUCGGGAGGCAACCUGUCAAGAAAGCCAUUCCAGGAGACAGUGGUCCUUCUAAAGCUUUUGCUGCUCCUUUUACUUUGAGUUCCCGAGAUGCGCCGCCUGUUGAUCCUAAUCACUUUCCACUCUCACCUCUCUCUCAUGCCCCCCAGUUUUAUUCUGCUGCUAGCACCAAACAGUUUACUUUCUCUACUGCGACUGGAGUCUUUGGUUCCACUCUUGGUGCCCCUCAGUUUGGUUCUGCUGCUGGUGGACUGUUCAGUUCUCCUGCUGGUACUAGAAUGGCUGGUUCUCCUGCUGGUGCUCCACUGUUUGGUGUCCCCCCAGUUACUGCUGGUGCCCCACUGUGUGACCCUGAGACAGGCAGUUCUACCGGCAGUUCCAAUUCAGAUUUACCUUUCAAUCUGCCUGUCAUGAAGGAAUGUCUUCCCUAUGAUUCCGAAAGCAUGUCUUCUGAUUUCAUGGAUGACACCGUUCUAUCUGCAGAUUGCCUUGCCAACAUGGAGGGUGAGCACAUCAGUUAUGCUUGCACCCCUGCUGGCCUCCACUCUCCUGGGCAGAACUUUCUCAGAGCUCCUCCCCCUCUUGCCAUGCAUGUGGGUGGUCUCCCUCCUCCUCCUCACCCUUUCCCUGGUUAUUCUGGAGCUCCUCUCCCUUCUCCUGUCAUUCAUUCAGGUGGUCUCCUCCCUCCUCCCCCUGUUCCUGGUGGUCCUACUGUCUCCCCUCCUCCUCCCCUCUUGCCUGGUUUCACUAUCCCUCCUCCACCCCCUCUUCCUGGUAUUAGUAACAUUCCUCCCCCAACUCUUCCUCUCCCCAUUCCUGGUGGUCCUACUGUCCCCCUUCCUCCUCCCCUCUUGCCUGGUUUUGCUAUCCCUCCUCCACUCCCUCUUCCUGGUAUUAGUAGCAUUCCUCCCCCUCCUUCUCCCCUCCUGCCUGGUUUCCCUAUCCCUCCUCCAUCCCCUCUUCCUGGUGGUCCUGGAGCUCCUCUGCCUGCUCUAGCCACUCCUGCUGGUGGUCUCUUUGGAGUUCCUCCCUGUUUUCCCCUUCCUCAAAUCACUCCUCCUCCUCCUCCUCCUCCUCCUCCUCCUCCUUCUCUUCCUCUUCCUCCUCCUUCCCCCAGAGCCCUUCUGCAUUCCCCAUACCCCUCAGCUCCUCAGAGAGCCAGUUGUCACCUGCCAGCCCUCCCAUCUUUUCUGGCUGCUUCUCAAAGCAUCUCUACCAAAAGAAAAACCCUUCUCUAUCAGAAGGCAUUAUCACAGCCUCUCCAACAUGAUUUUCAAACAGCCAACUAUUGGGGAAGUUCUUUCGAAGGAGAAAAUCACAAGACGCAACCAGCCUCCUGGCACAGUAGCUUGUCAGAAGUGAUGCCAAAGUCUGGUGCCAGCAGAUUCUCCUCCUACUUGCCCAGGAGAAGACAGAGUCUCAGAUGUUCUGUGUAUAGCGACACAGAAGAGGCAUGGCCUGAGCUCCGCGAUCUGCAGACCGAGGAAGGCUUCUGGAAACUUACACCUGAACUAGGACUUAUUUUAAAUGUUGACACCAGUGUUCUAAUUAGUUUUCUAGAACAAAAAGGCAUUCGAUCUCUAGGUACAAAAGGAAGAGACUGUCUCUUGGACCUGAUCGCCACACUGUUGGUACUACAGUUCCUUCGUACCAAGCUGGAAGAGGAGGGAUUUGCCAUCAAGUCGCUGAUGAAGCUGGAUGAGGCCUCAGUUUCCUGGCAUGUUUCCUGGGGACUGGAGAAGAUAAAGAUGGCUAGCGAGUGGGUAAGAAGAACAGAGAGGCAGUAUCCAUCUAUCUGCCAGCGGCUGGAACUGGGAAAAAACUGGGAAUCUGCAACUAAGCGGCUGCUGGGGAUGGAACCCAUCAAUGCCUCUUCACCUCUUCACAGAGUUCUGAAUUACAGCCAAGGCUGAAGUUACAGCCAAGUUACAGUCCAGUGAAGCCAUGUGUUAAGACUUUACCUGCACUUCUCUGUCUACAGUAAUCAAGCGCUCCUAGAUGCCUGCCUUGAAAUUUAGUUCUGAUUCUGUUCCAGCUAGUCAUCAGCCCCCCUCAAACAAAUUGAUGUACAACUGUACUAACUGUAGCCCAAGAGGUGGCACAGUGAAUAAAGCACUAGACUGUCAAGCAUGAGGUCCUGAGUUUGAGACCCAGCAGCACAUAUACCAAAGAUGCUCUGCUUCUCUCUCUUUUCCUUUCUCUCAUGAAUGAAUAAAUAUUUAAAAUGAUAAUAAUAAUAAUGUACUAAUAAGCAUGAAAUAAAAAUGAUAGUACUGCA